CUGACCUGAAGGCAUUAAUCUAGCCACAGCCACUCAUGGACCAGAUGGCAAGGUCAAGAGGACCACAGUAAGAUGUGGAAGAGAACUGAUCCUCAGGCCAAGAUCAAAGCAGGGGAUAGGCCUCAGACUUGCCAUUCUCUGGCUCUGGGAUCGUCCACAGAGCCGGCACUGCCACACCCACUAGAACUGUCAGACUUUCAGGGCUUCUCUGUGUUUGAGGACAUUAGCAAUCACAUCAAAGAAGCAGGAGCCCAACUUGUAAAAAAAGUGAAUGCCAUUUUUCAGCUGGACAUCACCAAAGACGGGAAGACCAUUCUGCAGUGGACCAUUGACCUCAAGAAUGGUUCUGGGGACACGUACCUGGGAUCUGCCCGGCUUCCAGCAGACACUGUCUUCAUUAUCCCCGACUCUGUCUUCAUGGAGUUAGCUGUGGGUAAGAUGAACCCACAGAAGGCUUUCCUAGCUGGCAAGUUCAAAGUGAGAGGCAAAGUUUUCCUCAGCCAGAAGCUGGAAAGGAUCUUCAGAGACUGGGGCAAAUUUUAAGCAUGCAGGAAUACCCAGGCAAGAUCAAGACUUCUGGCUUAUAAUGUUGAGUGGCAAUCAUGCUUAAACUGAAGAUUAAAGGAAAAAAUACCAA